AUGUCUGAUUGCCCUGAUUCGUCCGCCUCUUCGGGCUCGGCGAGCGCUGCUACGCUGGCUCUUAGUUCUUCUUCCAUGGACUCGUUGAUCCAGCUGAUGUCAUUUCCGACCGUGAAGCAAGAUCAGGCACAGGUGCCUACGCUGUUGAUUAAGACUAUGGACGUCUGCGCUUCUGUUCUCACACCAACGCGUAAGCCUCCCGCCUUUUCUCGUCAGCACGCCCGAUACGCUCCUGCAGCGGCGGCAACCUUAGCGACUCCCAGUCGUCAGGUCGCUACCCCCUCCGACCUUCGACUGGAGGAGAGGGAGGUUGAAUCUUAA